AUUUUAAUUUGCUUCAACCAUCACGACAACAUUCCACCGCCUCGCGACCGAUCGUCCUCCCCAACACAUCACCACAUAAUCCAUUUCAAAAUUUAAACGUCACCCUCGACAAAUCGCCAAAAAUGGAGAACGACAAGGGAGAUAUUGUGGACCUCUACGUCCCCCGCAAGUGCAGUGCCACCAACCGUAUCAUCAAGGCCAAGGACCACGCUUCCGUCCAGAUCUCUAUCGCCAAGGUUGACGAGAACGGCCGACAGAUCCAGGGAGAGAACCAUGUCUACGCUCUCUGCGGUUUCGUGCGAGCAAUGGGUGAGAGCGACGAUGCUCUAAACCGAUUGGCCCAGCGGGAUGGUCUUCUCAAGAGCGUCUGGAGCGCUGUCCGAUAAAUACCACAUGCAUUAUCAAAAUGGUACGUUGGUUCACGCGUGCGGCAUUUCAACGUAUCGAAGUCCCUAACACAUUCUCAGGGAUUGGUGUUCAUUGGGUGAUUCAUGAUGGUAUGGUUGGCAUGAGGUUAUUAUUGCCAUUGCAUCUAGCCGGUUAGAAGGCCGCUACAUCCGCAUUUCGGAACGAAAUACAAACGAUUUCCUUUCUGCAACUGCUGCAACCUACUUCAAGUUUCUGGCCUUCUGUACAAUCUGUAAUGUGAGAUGAACCUGUGCCCGGCUAGCAAAGUGUUCUCGCGUCCACCUUCGAGUGACUCUAUGGGCGAGGAUUUUGGGGCUACUACGAUAGCCUCCGUGCCGAAUAUUGAUAGUGGCCUUGAAAAAGCUGUGAUGCUCGAGAUGUUCAUCAUGGCACAGAUACGGGUCAAACAAGUCUUGAUAAGUUUUGUUCCUCGUCAUGAAGUGAUUAUGUAAUGUGAUUCGUCGCCUUCGACUACAUCCUAUAUCCUGCCUCCGCAUGC